CAGGGUACCCAGAAAAGAAAAGCAGGAAAAAAAGGAAAAAAAAGAAAGGAAAAGAAAGGAUAAAGAGAAACCCAUCUCUCUUGAAACACAAUUUUCCCCCCUCUCUCUCUCUCUCACUCUCUGUCUUUCUUACUCUGCUUUUCAAAGGUAUCCCAAUUUCCGCCCCACCGACCGCCAUUUCUUCAUAUUAAAGCUUCAUAUCCAUCAAUGUCACUGUAAUUACUAGAAAGAGAAAAAGUGGGUUGGUGAUAAAAAGAGGGAGAUGGAUUUGGGUAGAAGAAAAACAGGGGUUAGUAGUAGUGUGGUUUCAGGGUCUGUUUGGGAGAGCAGAAUGAAGAUGGAUGAAGUGAAAGGUGGGAUUAAGGUGUUCAAUGGGGAAGAUGGUAGUAACAAAGAAGGUAGAGCUGUAACAAGAGUAAUGCCCAAGAGAACUACUACAGCAACUGAUACUUCCGUAGUGAGUGCAAAGAGGAAGGUGUUGAGUUCAGACGGUUCAGAUGGAUCUGAAAAAUCGCCAAUUCAGAGAAGCCCAAAUCAGCUGAGGAAGUUGAGAUCUGAAGAAAUUGAGAGAAGCCCAAAUCAAAUAAGGAAGUCAAAAUCUGAAGUGGGGAGUAGAUCAAGUGUUGAGAGAAAUGAAAAAACCCCAAUUCAGCUCAGGAAGGUGAAGUCGGAUUCCAUCAGCACAAUCGUCGAUGACAAUGCUAAGGCCAUUGUUGUUGUCGGUGGAAGAAAUGGGACAGAUUUAGAGCAUCUGCAAAAUCUAGAAUCAGAAUCGAACGAGAAUUUGGUCGUAAUUGAGAAGGGAAUCCACGGAUCUGUGAAGGAAAUUGAGAAACCUCAAGUUGAGAAUGAGACUUCUUGUAAGGAAUUUGAAGUGUGCCACAUUUCAACCAUUGCGGGUCCGAUCAAAUCCACUCAGAAAGUGUCGAUCAAUGACAGUGAUGUUAAAGAUGAAAAUGAAGCCAACGAAGAGGAGGAAACAGAUGAAGAAGAAGAGGACAUUGAAAUUGAGAAGGAAAGCUUCGAUAUCAAGGAGAUCAAUUUACCAGAACCCAAAAAAGUUGUGAGUGAAGUGAAGCGAUUCCACCAAAUCUACGAAAAACCAGGUCCAACGUCCACCAAACCCACUUUCACAUCGAACGAAUAUCACAGCUUCCAAGAAAAAAGCACCAAAUUGCAGAGCUUAGUGGACUUAGUAAUGUGGAAGGAAGUAUCGAGAUCUGCCUUCGUGUUUGGGAUUGGAUCUUUUCUUAUAAUAUCAUCUUCCUACGCUAAGGACAUUAACAUCAGCUUUAUCUCUGUGAUGUCAUAUGUGGGACUCUGCUACCUUGCUGCCACGUUCCUGUAUAGAUCCAUUAUUUGCAGGGGAGCCAUUGAUAUGGAGAACGUAAGGCAUGUGGUUGGCGAAGAAGAAGCAAUUUGGGCUCUUAAAUUACUACUCCCUUACUUGAAUGAGUUCUUGUUAAAGCUCAGAGCUCUGUUUUGUGGAGAUCCUGCAACUACAAUCAAGCUGGCUGUUCUCCUGUUUGCCUUGGCCCGAUGUGGCAGCUCAAUAACCGUCUGGAAAGUCGCCAAAUGGGGUUUCUUCGGAGUAUUUACCGUACCGAAGGUCUGCUCUUCGUAUUCCUCGCAGCUGGCUGCUUACGCUAAAUUUUGGGUUCGACGAUUUCGUGAUGCAUGGGAGUCAUGUUCUCACAAAAAGGGAGUGGCUGUAGCAAUCUUCGUACUCGUAUGGAACUUGUCUUCAGUGGUCGCUCGAGUUUGGGCUGCAUUUGUGCUGUUUGUGGCGUUUCGAUAUUACCAGCAAUCUUUACAAACAGAGGAAUGGGAGGAGGAGGAGGAGGAGGAGGUGGAAGAAGGUGAAGCAACGUGUCAAGUUUCUAUUGGAAAGGGAAAAUAUGGGAGUGGGACCCUUUUUGGAGGUAUGAGCCGUGGGAAACAAAAGAAGAAAUUUUGAGAAUAAAACCCACAAUUUUAAUAAAAAUAAUUUUUUGGUAUUUUAUUUUAUUAUUAGCUUUCAACUUCAAUCGGCAGAGGCAGAUGCUUGCUGUUUGAUAUAGUUGUAUGGUCCAUUUUUGUCGACCUCCUUAAGAUUUGUUGGUCACUUGGGUCUUUGUUUUUUUUGCUAUAGAAUUUUCUACUUUUGGUUUGUAAAUAUUUGUGGGUUUAUUCAAUAAAAUUAAUUAAUCCCAUUAUAGUCUUUUAUAA